AUGCCGGCUAUCCCAUUACCACGGGGGAUUUCCAACCUCGACCGCGUCAAGACGCAAAUAAACGCCCUCCAGAACAGCAGACGAGAUUUCGAACCACCAGAAGCCCAGCGCCCAGGUCCGCAUCCCGCACUUAUAUUCGGUUGCGUCGCAAUAGUCAUGGCGAUUGUCUUCGCGACGUGCGUAUGCUGUGCCAGGCGGAGGAUGAAGAAGAAGCAGGCGCAAUAUCAGAAACUACACAACAGGAUAUCCGCCGCCUCGACGCGAAAGAACAACACCGACCGCAACGGUAUCGGUCAGGGCACAUUUCCGGGAUAUCAGUACGAUAGUGUUGAGGGGGCAUACAACUAUGCCUCGGGGUACCACCAGAGCAAUGUGUCGGAUCCCGAUGGUCCUCCGCCGGCUUAUUCGAGCCAGCCGUCAAGUCCCAACGGCGGUCAAGGGACGAACUCAGCAUUGGGAGGGACGGGGAAUCCGAGUAUGGGUCGAAGCAGUUUUGGCGGUGGUGCUUCCGGGACGAGCAAUUAG